ACCUUUAUGAACCGCUUUUCUUUCAUCUGAUGCUGCAUUAGAAUACGUUAGAUGUCGCACUAUAAAUACGGUUACACUGUAGUUUUUCAUAGACAUAGAAAUAUUUUAAAGAUUUGAUGUAGACCAAUAAAAUAUUGAAAUAUCAUUUUUAUUAGAUUGGUAAAAGAUUUUAUUUUCAGGAAACGGAUUUUGUAUGACAUUCCCAUACACCUAAUUAUAGCUUUAACAUGUCAGCCCACAUUUAUUAUAAAGUGCAUGAGAAAAAAAUGUCCUGUUCACAAACUGUAGUGUACUGAUCAAUAUUGAAAAAAUAAAUACGUAUAAUCAUUUUCUGAAAACGUUAAUGUGCAACUUUAUUGAGAGAACUUUUUUUGCAUUGGCAAAGAAAACGUAACGUUGCAUUUAGUUGAAGGAAAGCUCGAACGCCAUGUAUCUUAAACCAUCAGAAAUUUUCUUUUCGCAAGAUUCUAUAAACAAUGUAUUUGAUAAAAACUGUGCUCAUUCGUAUCAGUUAAUAGGAGAAACUUUAGACGCAAUUUGUGAUGGAAGGUGUUCUAUUCAAAGUAUACCCACUAUAUCAGUUGUAAAGCAUGAUAACAAGUGGUUUACAGCAGAUAACAGACGAUUGUGGGUUUUUCGAAAGUUAGAGAGGCUUGGAAAAUGCAGCGAGAUUUAUGUAACAGAGGGGUAUCAUAUUUCGUCACUAAAAUUUACGACAAUCAAUGGAGGUGUAUCGGUCACUGUCCGAAAUGGUUCCCCUGGUGGAAAAUGGUACAAGAAACCAGCUUAUGGCACAGAGCAGAUUUGGAAAAAUACCCACGAUCACAUCUACGACCCAAUGAAAGGUCUUCGCUUUCGAGAGUCGUAUAACUUCAACGAUCCGUUCAAGUCGACAAGGUUAAACAGAUCAAAUGAUACCACGGCUACAAUACCACACACCUUUUCUGUGUUAAAUGAUAAUUAUAAUGACAGAUAUACGUCUACGGGAAAGGGAUUUGAAUCACAAAAAUAUCGCUACGUUCAAAUUGAAGAAAGAUGUUCGAAUAAUACUUCGAAGUGGUGUAGAAAUGUACUUUUUGCACUAGUUUUACUAGCAGUUUUUGUAGCAUUGUUUUGGAUAUUUAAAAAAGUUUAUUAGUUAUUUGAAUGUUCAUAUCAGCAUGAAGCUUCCAAUGAAUUACAUUUCACACAAAAAAGACACAUAUUCGUAAGUGCACAAUAUCAACAAUUUGAGAACACAACAUGUUAUCAAACAUUUAUUUUUCACCAAAUAAAUGUUAGUAAUUUGAAGCUAAUGUAUAAUUGAUAACACUCAAAAUUGAACAUACCUUUGCAAUUGACUUAUGAACAAUCAAACUAGUUUUACCUGUUUACUUAUCUUAAAUCCUAACUUAAUCUGACUCGUGCUUGAUUUCUUUAUAUUAUUUUGAUGUAAUUAAUUUUCUUUUCUUAUCAGUUUUGGGAGCAUGUAAAUAAUUCUUCUACGUAAAAAUAGAAUUGCAUGUAUUCUUUUAAUAAAUUUUGAUAUGUUAUCAUUUGAAUUUCUAUAAAAUGAACGACAAUAAAUGUCAGUUUUAUCAUCGUUUGUGUCAACUACAUUUUUAUGCUUGUUUAUUCAUUACUUUCAUUUAAAAAUACUUUUUAUCUUAAAAUAUUUAUCAAAAUGUUAAUCAAGUGCCAUAGUUUAUAAAUUCUUCAGUGAUAUUUUACACCAUUGUUUUGUUUGAAAUAAAAAUUAAAACAAUAACAAUA